AUGGGCCGGCCGUUGAAUUUAAUCGAGAAGAUUCUUAAGGAGCACGCCCUAGGAGAGUCUGAAAUUGUUCCCGGAAAUUUGUUAUGUGUCAGCGUUGAUUGGACAGUAGCUUCUGAGCUUAGUUGGUCAGGACUAUAUGAAAUCUACAACAGGCUUGGAAAACCUGGGGUACAUAGAAAUGACAGAAUUUGGCUAGCUGCAGAUCAUAUUGUUGAUCCAAGAAUAAACCACAUGGCUAAACCACAAUUUUUGAUUAAAAUGGCUGAAGCUGGUGCUAAGGAGUUGGACAUCAAGGACUAUCAACCUCCUAAUACGACCAUUAUGCAUACUGAAUUCUACAGGGAAAGGGCACAACCUGGUAUGUUAAUCAUUGGGGCAGACUCACACACAUGCUCAAGUGGUGCUUUGGGGUGCUUGGCUGUAGGACUUGGAACUUCUGAUGUUGUGUUUCCAUUGAUAACAGGGGAAACAUUUUUCCAAAUUCCUGAAACCUUGAAGAUAGAAAUCGUAGGUAAACCUAAUUUUGGAAUUGGUGGUAAAGAUACAAUAUUACAUAUUUUGAAGGAGUUCAAAAGAAAUACAAUUGCUUCAAAUCGUGCUGUCGAAUAUGAUGGGCAAGGACUUCAGUACCUUUCUUGUGAUGCAAGGUUUGCUAUAUCCAAUAUGUCUACUGAAUUUGGUGCUCUUGCUGGUGUGUUUGUUCCAGAUCAACAAACAUCAGCCUUCAUAAACAGAAGAAAGAACCCUAUCUUCAAAAGAGAUUCAUUAUAUUUCCGCCCAGAUGAAGGAGCCAAUUAUGUCGAAGUUAGAGAAAUUAAUUUAGGUGAGGUUGUACCAUAUAUCGCUUUGUUCCCGUCGCCCGAUAACGUCGUUCCAGUGACUGAGAAACUUGGUAUGGAGCUUGAUGGAUGUUUUGUAGGGGCAUGCACAACAGCUGAGGAAGAUUUGAUCUUAGGUGCACUUGUUCUAAAAGCUGGUUUGGAAAGUGGUCUAAAGGUAUCGGAACGUGGUCAUAGAAGAGUGACCCCCGGAUCACUUGUACUUAUUGCAAGACUAAAGGAAUUUGGUCUUCUUCAAUGGUACGAGAAGGCAGGUUUUGCUGUUGGAGCUCCAGGCUGUAGCUACUGUGUAGGUAUGGGAGCAGACCAGGCAGCUCCAGGUGAAGUUUGGCUCUCCUCACAGAACAGAAAUUUCGAGAAUCGGAUGGGAAAGGGCUCCAUCGCUAAUCUCGCUUCUUCAUCUACAGUUGCUGCUUCAUCAUUUAGCAUGAAGGUCACUGAUCCAAGUUAUCUUUUGGAUAGAGUUGACAGAAACGAGUACGACAAGUACAGACUUUUUUGGAAGGAUUCUCAAGAAUCCAUUAUGUACUCAGAGCCAAAGGAAAUAGCUCCAGAAAAGGUGACAAGAUUGAUGGCGUACAAGGAGGAACUAUCCGAACUACCUGAAGUAAUCAAAUCAAGGGUUCAGAGAUUUGAUGAUGACGUUGAUACUGACGCGAUCAUUCCAAUAGACAAAAUGGGUAAAGAUGACUUAGCCACUAGUGCUUUUGCUUAUGUUAGACCUGAUUUUGUGAAAAAGGUUCACGAAGGGGCUAAGAUUAUUGUAGCUGGUAGAGGCUUUGGAAGUGGUUCCUCGAGAGAAACUGCACCAGAAGCAUUGAAACUUUGUGGAGUACAAGCGGUGAUUGCAAAAUCAUUCGCUUACAUAUACAACAGAAAUCAAGCGAAUAUCUCAUUAUUCGGUAUCCGGGUCGCUGAUGAAGGAUUUUACAAAGCUGCUCAGGAGGGAGAAACUGUUGAAAUUUUAGUCAAAAGCAGACAGGUUCAGGUGAAUGGAACAACAUAUGCUUUCCAAUUGGAUAAUUUGGAACUUAAGCUUCAAUCUAGUGGAGGCUUAUUGAAGAGAUUCAAAAAACACGGCAAAGACGUGUUCCGUCAAUUACAGUCUGAGUUGUCCGAGACUCCAACUUCCUCCUGUGGGACUGUCACCAUUGAAGACGUGUCCUGUCAUAGCGAAAAAGGGAUGACUUGGUAA